UAUCCUCCUCCUACCGACCAGGCGAUACUCCGUACUAAGCUGACGGUUUCAAGACACAAUGGGCCUCGGAAACUCCUCGGAUGGCAGCCAGCACUUUUCGCAUGAUGGUCAAUUCAUCGACAUGCACGGAUACUCCGCGUACUACGGCGUAGGGCUGUAGAGAGCUUUGGCCCCCCCGCCCUAGGGGAACAGGCCCUAGCAUAAUGCGUUGAAACAUGGCUCCUGUGGAGAGACGAGGCUGGGGAAUUGUCGUGACCCGGCGCGGCGGUGAAGCAGAAAGAUGGGACGGUGAGCAGCCACGACACGACGCGAAGCAGAAACACGGAACCAGAACAAGCAGUUUUUGGCCCCUUGACCUCGGUCCAGCGGUGAGGAUAGCCAGGGGCCUUUUGCGUCUAGACCUUGUCGUUUCUUUUAAUGGCGAUCUUUCCGGGCCCCGCCUUGUCCGGGUCCCAGUUCUUACUCCCGGAGCAACAAUCAACAAACCCGCAACAGAAACUGGUAGGGUUCGUUCGUUCGUUCAGGGAUUACAUCGAGACUGCCUUGCCUUGCGCGAUUUCCUGCGCUGUUACGUCAGGGUGAUGCGUGGUAAAAUACUAAACUACCGACCUGAUCCUGUUUUCCAUUCUCUCAUUAGCCGCUACAAAUCGAAGUAUGUACUAAUGCUUUCGAUCGCGAUCCUAAUCUGAGCUUGCGCUUCGUUGCUCUGUUUUCUAUUUUCUUUAUUU